GUAUGGUGUGAGAUUUCCUGUUGUUAGCAUUACGGAUGUACACGAACACAGUGAUACACCUCCGAAUAGGAGCGGGGAUGUAAACAUAGCAGCUGAUCUACACAUCAUGCAUGGACCAAGUGAAGCUCCCAUCUUCACGUGAUACACCCUCUGAAACACCAUGGCUGAUCAGCAGACCAGUCCUUUACCCCAGCCCAGCGCAGAGUACUUCUCAUGGGACUUUCGCUUCCAGCUUAUCUGUCUGGGGUUCGGCUUCUACACAGCUAUAUUCCUCCUCUCCCACAUCCUGUCUGUGAUUCUGAGCCGUACCUACAACUCUCUACUUACUAAAGAGAAAGUUUUCUGGAACCUCGCAGCCACCCGGGCAGUGUUUGGCAUCCAGAGUAGUGUAGCAGGACUUCAGACCCUGACUACAGACUCUGCUUUAAGCAGGGACAAAGUGAGGGGCCAAGAGGACUGGUCGUGGUUUCAUGUCCUCACUGCCACAGGCUUUUUUGUGUUUGAGAAUGUAGCACUUCAUGCUUCUAAUGUGGUGUUUCGGUCGUUCGACCUCCCACUUGCGACGCACCACUUCUUUGCCCUGUCUGGAUAUGCAGGGGCCGUAGUAUGGGAUUCCCAGGGCCACUUCCUGGCAAUGGUGACACUCUUGCUGGAGAUGAGCACGCCAUUCACCUGUAUAUCCUGGAUGUUAUUGAAGGCUGGCUGGGCAAGCACUCUUUUCUGGAAAGCCAACCAGUGGGUGAUGAUCCACAUGUUCCACUGUCGCAUGGUGCUCACUUAUUACAUGUGGUGGAUAACAGCAACACACUGGAGCGAGAUGAACACCCACAUAGCUCUGCCGCAACGCCUUCUCUUCUUCUCUGGUCUCGCCCUGCUCACGGUUAUCAUCAACCCCAUCUGGACGCACAAGAAAACCAUGCAGCUGCUAAAUCCUGUGGACUGGAACUUUAGUAACAAGCCGGCACCACUAAAUGGCACCGCAGAGGGUCAAAGUGAGGUUUCUGUGAAACCACAUGCCAACUGAGGACUGUUAAAGAGAUCAUUUCUUAUUUGGAUAUACAUUUUUCAAGGGGCUUUUGAUGAGAGUAAAAUAGGUGUCUUGUUAAGUUUUACUUUAUUAACCCCAAGAAAACAGAACAUAAGCACUCUUGUCCUUGGUGUAAUUGGGUUAAUUGUGAUUACCUGGUAGUAUCAUAGUACAGGUGGCAACAUGGUCUUCCAUCACAUUUAAUUUUUACCCAAUUUUUAUAUGAAAUAAUAUUUGGUAGUGGAAUGAGAUCUUGGCUGUUUGUAUCACUCUCAUUGAAAUAGGUGUUUUUUUUCAGUAUUUAUUCAAAAUGAGAAACAUGUAUGAGAGUAGUUAUGGGAAACCAUCACCAGUUUUACAGGCUAACAAAACAAAAUCUUGAUCUGUUAGACAAAAAAAUAAAAAAUAAAAAAAUCAUUAACAUCUGUUUAUCUUCUCACACACUGGUUCCAGUCUGCUGCUUUUUAUAGUCAAGUUAGAUCAAUUUAGUACAAGUUCUUGGGGAUAGAAGAGUGAACAGAUGUUUCCCCAUUGAGUGGGGAAGUCACAAGAAGAAUGCUGCCUUUGUCACACACAAGGCGGGUAGGAAAUUUGAUUAAAUUUAAGGAAUGAGCCUUUUCAUUGGAACUGUUUGAUACUAAUUGAAGAGAUCACUUCAUUCAUGGUGGUUUUAGGCUGUUAGGUCCACCCACAGCAAAGAGAGAAACAUUUUUCAGCACCAUGGGAGAAAAGACGUUAAAACAGAAUCUUCAUUAUUGGUGAAAGAAAGGUCAAGGGUUGUCCCCUUCACAGAGGCUUUAUUGUCCAAAAUGGAGAUGAGAUGAGAUGAAAUUGAACCAGUACUGACAGAAAACAAGGUUGCAUUUGAACCAUGUUUUUUUUAUAUAUAUAUUUAUUAUUAGGAAUUAAGCAGAGUGAUUUAAAAAGGAGGAACUUUUUGUGAUAGAGCUUUAGAUUUAUGUAAGAAAUGGGAUUUUGCACGAAGUGGCCUUGUAUUAUCUGACAUCUGGCACAUGCACGUGUUCGAACGUUCUGCGCACAUUUUGAUCUUGUGCAGUUUUUUUUACAGCCAGUGUGUUGUUUUACAGCAUUACAGUUGUAUCUUACUAACUUGGUUAAUAUUUUCUUAUGAUCUGUGCUCAAAUUGAACAUCUUAAAGAUGCAAAGUAAGUUUAUCUGAGAAAAAAAUCUAACAAAAUCCAAAUGCACUGCAGAUAUCUAUUAUUGUUAUUAUUGUUCAUAUUAUUAUUAUUAUUAUUAAACUUCUGUUGGAUAUUUUACGUCCUGCUGUGCGAAACAGGAUUCUCUAUGAUUGACAUAACUUUGCCAUGGUACAUCAGCGUGCUCCAUUAUUAAUGAUAAUGACCUGCAUCAUCAGUGUAAACGCAGGACUCAACCAUUUCUGUGUUGUUGAUUCUGAAUUUCAUGUGCAUUUUUUUCUGCCUACAAAAAUAUUUCUAAUGUUAAAGUUUUCAAAAUAAUAUUAAAAACAGUUGUUCUCAUUUUAAGUUAAAUUAUUAUAGAAAUUCCUCUAUCAAGUAAUAUUGUUCUGGACAUUGGAUUUGUUUUAGAUAUAAUAUGCUUUAAAUGAAAGAGCUCAUGUAGUUUCAUUGCUUUUAAUUUAUCACAUGAUUCUGUCUUUUACGUGUUUACAUGUGCUGGGAAAUGUAUUAAUUUGAGUUACAACAUAAGUUUUUGUCACACUUUAGUCUCAUCUCAUUUGUCUAAUUUGUGCCUCUCCAUCUGCUCUCUCCUCCACCUUUCUGCCUGUGACCAGAAGUCCUUCACAGCCAAAAUAUUCAGAAAAAUGUUUAAAUUCCUGAAUUGUUACUGAAGAAGAGAGGAAUGAUGAUGCUUGCUGAACGAAAGACACACCAGUAUCUUUUUUUGCACAUGUUUUAGCACAUGGCUUCUGCAACAUCAGGACAAUGUGUAAUAUGAACUAUGAAACACCCAAAACAUUUUAUCUGACAGAAAUGUUUAAAAACAGCAUUAAAAAACAGUAGAUUAUGUGGCAGUGUUGUAUUGAUUGUUUAAAAGGAUGGAUGUAUUUCUGAUGGUAGGAACUAAG